AUGCCGACGCGGUAUGCAGGCCAUGACCUUGCACGGAUUAUCUUUACCUCGGGCACAACGGGCAAGCCGAAAGGAGUGAUGGUGUAUCACAGGGGUAUAUAUGCCGUUUGUACCGUGCAGCACAGCCAGGAGCUAGAGCGCAGCAAGGCGGUCGCUGCCUUCUUGCGUUCUCCAUCGCUUUUGAUGGCUGUCUAUGACUGGCUCACGACCGUGCACGAAAUUACCCUGGAUAUCAUCGAGUUCGAUGGGCUGACGCAUUCGCUGCCUCCAUCUCUGAUGGCCGACCCCCGCACGAACACAUCCAACGUGCUCUGCUUUCUAGAUGUCCCGGCGCCGUCGCCCAAUUGGAGUCACAAGGACCGCCAGAAGCAUUACUAUACUUUAUCGUGGUAUAUCACCCAGCGGGUCCUCGCACUCGCCCAGCCGGGUAUUUGGAGUCUUGCCACCUGGAACUACUCAGAUCGCCCCACAAACAAUGAUACCUUAUGGCAAGUCACGGGGCUUUGA